AUGCGGCCAGUUUAUAACGCUUGGGAAAGCGACUACCACACUCAACCCUCCAACCCAGCCGAGACCAAUCGCAUACCCGACUCUAAUGUCGAUGCUGGAAGCUUUACUUCCCCAGCCUCUGGAUCAUCAGGUCCUGCUCCAGAGUCCACUGCGGCCUGGCCACAAUCGUAUUCAGGAAUGGUUUCGGGAGUUCCUGAUGCUCCUGCUUCGAUUGGUGCUGCAGCUUACACGGGUGAGAGCCUGUCUACGGGCAUAGCUCCUGUUCCAUCUGGAAGCACCCAAACAGCUACAGUUAACCCGAUGUUGACGCCAAGUUCUGAGAACAACACUCCUGCAAGCUCAGCAGGCUGGGAAAUGUCCGGCACUGCUCCUUCGGGAACGCAGGUAGAUCCAGCGCAAUUUACAGGAGCUGCAUCUUCAAACAAACUUAGCCUCGCCACAGGACUAGCCAGUGGAUUCGCCCUCCUCGCCUUCCUGUUGAUGUAA